AUGGUUACCAGUAUACGUCUUCUUCUGUUAGCAAUUGUCAUCUCUUUCUGCUCAAAUUGGCAAUUUGCCUUUCAGAUCACGUAUGUGAACACUUCGGUGAAAACUUUCUACGAUCUUGCCAAUCAAGGAUAUCAACUACAAAAUCGAUGUUCUAAGCUUGACCCACAUUGUCGUCUUCCAAAUAUCGAAUGGUCGGAAAGAUGGAGUACAAUCGUUUCGAGUUUUUAUCCAGGAACACUCGUCGGAUUUCUCGCGGUUCCAUUCAUUGUGGAACGAAUUGGAGUGAAAUCAACAAUGAUCACGAUGAGUUUCUCUGCAAUCGCUGGCUGUCUCGUGCAUUUCUUCGCUGCCUUUUCCGUUCAUAGUGAAUCGAUGAACAAAUUUGCCCUUUCCCUUCCUAGGGGAUACGGAGCGUUUAUGUUUGAUGCAAUUCUUGUUCUUGGACGAUUCUUGAUUGGAUGCCAAUCGGGUACAUCGUUAUCUCUGUUACCCCUUUACAUUGUGGAAGUGAGCCCGUUGAAGGAUAGAGGAUUCCUCAACACAUUCCAGCAAGUGGCUCAAGCUGUUGGAACACUUCUUGGUCUACUGAUCGGUUCAGAAGCAAUCAUUCCAUUGGGUGAAUGGCGUUAUACUGUAAUGCAGGUAGCUGCUCUUCUACCGACUCUUCUCUAUGUCGCUGUAUUGACAUUGACACCAAAAACACCAAUGCAAUUGUUAAAGGAUGGAUCCGAUAUAUCACAAGUACUCUCAUCACUCCGUUUUUAUCAUGGAAAGGAGGGAAAUUUGAAAGAAGUCGAAAAUGAAACCGCCCAAGCAACGAAAAUGUCCUAUGAUCAAAAACCUGAGGGUAUUCCAUGGGCAACAUGGAAAGGUUUCUUCAUUGGAGCCUGUGCUGCGAUGAGUUACUCAUUCACCGCCGAUGAUCUCAUCGAUACUUUCUCGGCUCAAAUUCUACAUAAAGCCCCUAUGACAAAUGGAACUGAAGACGGAGAUUUGAUCGAUGACAGUGCUGAUCGGAUUUCGGUGAUUCUUGGAGGAAUUCUCGUCGUUGGAAGUAUUGCAGGCACAUUCUUGAUUGAUCGUUUUGGUCGUCGUCCUCUUCUUCUUCUUGGUUUACUCGGUUCAGCUAUCAGCAAUGCAGUGGCUGUAAUUUUCUGCACGAAUUCCCUUAUUGUCACUCUUGGAUUUGCGGCCACAAAGCUAUUCAUUGGAUUGGGUGCCGGUGCUCCAGCUUGGUUCCUCACUUCAGAACUUGUGCAUCCUCAUUAUAUGACUGUCAUGCAAUCUCUAUCGACUGGACUUCUUUUGAUGUCUACAGCUCUUGCCACGUUCUUCUUCUUGCGUCUUGAAUUGUGGAUUGGAACAUGGUCAAUGUUUGCCCUUUCAUCAGCUCCUGCAUUGGUCCUUGCUAUCAUCUUGUUUUUAUAUCUACCAGAAACAAAGGAUCGAAAUCACGAAGAGAUUCAGCGUAUUCUCGGCAAAACAUCCUUCUCGGGCCUCAUCAAAAAAGGCGGCCCCAAAAUUGCCCCAUAUUACGUUUCCAUACAAUCAGUGAUUGCGAACAUGGAAGCAAGCGAUUGGCCGAGACAACGGAAAUCCCGACUGACAGAAGAAGAAAAUCAUUCUCAAUCGAUAAGAGCACCAACGGAUUAUGAAAAAAUCAAGAGACCCGUUGAGAGAGAUUGGCCAAUUUGCUUAUUUCUGAGUCUAGCCGGAGCGCUCAUCGUUGCUGGCUUGUUUUUUGCAACCAUUACCGGUUUCAUUACAUAUGAAGGUGAUGCUCAUCGUUCAAUGUUUGAGAAACAAAAAUCAAUGUAUGAACAAGGAAAACAUGUGGAGAUACCUUUGCAAGCUACACCCGGUCAACAACGAAUGGAAGAGGAAAAAGUCUGGACAACUGCUGUACCGGAACCUGUUCCAACGCAAAAACCAGUGGUUUCUCCAAGAACUCAACAAACUCCACCUCCACCAAAACCACCACAACAAGCAGCACAACAAUCGGCAAAGGCUACCCAACAGCAACCAAAAAAUGCACAAGUUUCAAGCUCGACUCCAUCUCAAUCAACUCAACAAAUUCCGCAACCUGCUCACCAAACACAGCAACCUCCAUUAAAUCAAAAUCAACAAAAACCAUCACCACAACCUACAGUCCCUCGUCCCAAUCCUCAACAAAACGCUCAACCCCAACAACAAAAACUACAACAGCCAGUUGCCCAAGGCCAGAAGACUCCUCCACAACCAGCCGGUAAAACUGUUUCAGUUCAACAACCCCACCCGAAACCUAAACCUGCUCAACCAUCACAAGCACAACAGCAAAAACAAACAGCUCAAGCUCCUGUGCCUCAGUCAGCUUCUAAUCAGCCACCUCCACAAAGAUCCACUCCCGUACCACAAACCCCGGAAAACAAAGCAAAGCCAAACACUCCUGGAUCACAACCU